CUUUGUGUCACAUACAUUAUAUCGAGAUUCAAAUGCACCAGAGCUAGAUCAAUUAUUAUAAACAACAACAAGACAAGAAGAAGAGAAAGAAGAGGCAAAACCAAGCAAACAGAAUGGAAGGCUUAAUUCCAUUUCUUUUUCAUGCCCUGAAGAAGCAAAGGCCACAACACAGGUAUAGGUCCUUUUCUCAGAGCAACUCCUCCAACCGCAGCUACCAUCUCCUUAUGAGUAGCCAGGAUUCAUUAGAGGGCUCCUCUCAUCGCCGGACACGAUCCGAAUUUCAGCCUCCUGUUAGUACUGCUGCCUUCUUUGAGCAGCGGCCCGCGAAUGAAUUUGCUCAUUCUCGGAGCCUCAAGGAAGAAGGUGGUGUUUCUGCUGCUCCUUCAGUGCUCAUUGGAUCAUCAAAGAUGGGUUCCUAUCCUUACCAGGUCUCUAAUGUGGGUAUGGCUGAAAGGAAAUGAAAGAUUCAAUCCGAAUAAUAUUUCAUUGAUUUUUUGUUUUUCCUUUUGGUAUAAGAGCAAAGUGUUCAAUGCUUGUAGUUCAGUACUUGUAAAAGUUGAAUGUUAAUUGAGCAAUGAAAAUGUAUUUUAAUUGUGAAUAAUGUUGGUGAGGUUGAAAGUUUGAAGGCAAACAUUGGUCAACUGUAGAUUCUGGGAUUGGUUGUCUUGUGUGCUUGUUUUUAUUUUAUACAAUUGAUGUAACAAAGGAUUAA